CUGAGGCCCGCGAGGAGCUAUUUGCUUCGAUGCCCCUCCAGAGCUGAUGGUAUCCUCCCAGGACUGCGACCGAAGGAAACAUCUGAGAGACCGAAGGAGCAAACCGCCCUGGCAUCCUGGUAGCACAGUGAGCAUGGCACACACAUGUUCAUUACCCUCAUGUGGCACCUACUCCAGUGGCACGCGUCAGGAAUAUUGGAGGCCCUGCAUAUUAAACAGCUGCCUGUUAUAUCAAUCACGGAGUGGGGCUCUAUUUAUAGGCUGGGAGUACUGUGUCCUUAGCCACAAAGAGACACAGACAGGGGACUGUCAGCUGGUGCAGGAGGAGCCCAACAACGAGUCAUCAGCAACUAGAAACACCUGAGGGGCAGCCCACACCACUCGGGCGUCCUCUACACCCGCCAGGCAUGCUGCUGAACAGAAUGUCCGCAGAGGACCGGCACCUGGGCUCCAGCUGCGGUUCUUUCAUCAAGACAGAACCUUCGAGCCCCUCCUCGGGCAUGGAUGCCCUCAGCCACCACAGCCCCAGCGGCUCUUCCGACGCCAGCGGUAGCUUUGGCUUGGCCCUGGGUGCCCACGCCAACGGUCUGGACUCGCCAUCCAUGUUCGCAGGCGCCCCUGGGAUCAUGGAGGACUCGGCCAUCAAGUGUGAAUACAUGCUCAACACGAUCCCCAAGCGCAUGUGCCUUGUGUGCGGGGACAUUGCCUCUGGCUUCCACUAUGGUGUGGCCUCCUGCGAGGCUUGCAAGGCCUUCUUUAAAAGGACCAUCCAAGGAAACAUCGAGUACAGCUGCCCGGCCACCAACGAGUGUGAGAUCACGAAACGGAGGCGCAAGUCCUGCCAGGCCUGUCGCUUCAUGAAAUGCCUCAAAGUGGGCAUGCUGAAGGAAGGUGUGCGCCUGGACCGGGUUCGUGGAGGCCGCCAGAAGUACAAACGACGGUCGGACUCUGAGAACAGCCCGUACCUGAGCUUACAGAUCUCCCCACCUGCUAAAAAGCCAUCGACCAAGAUUGUCUCGUGCCUCAUGGUGGCUGAGCCGAACAACCUGCAGGCCAUGCCUCCUGCUGGCAUACCUGAGGCGGACAUCAAGGCACUGGCCACGCUCUGUGACUUGGCUGACCGGGAGCUUGUGGUCAUCAUUGGCUGGGCCAAGAACAUCCCAGGUUUCUCAGAGCUCUCGCUGGGGGACCAGAUGAGCCUGCUGCAGAGUGCCUGGAUGGAGAUCCUUAUCCUGGGCGUUGUGUACCGCUCUCUGCCCUAUGACGACAAGCUGGUGUACGCGGAGGACUACAUCAUGGAUGAGGAGCACUCUCGCCUGACAGGGCUGAUAGAGCUCUACCAGGCCAUCCUGCAGCUGGUGCGCAGGUACAAGAAGCUCAAGGUGGUAAAGGAGGAGUUUGUGACACUCAAGGCCCUGGCCCUCGCCAACUCAGAUUCCAUGUACAUUGAGGACCUGGAGGCCGUGCAGAAGCUGCAGGACCUGCUGCAUGAGGCACUGCAGGACUACGAGCUGAGCCACCGCCAUGAGGAGCCGCGGAGGACGGGCAAGCUGCUGCUGACCCUGCCCCUGCUGCGGCAGACAGCCACCAAGGCCGUGCAGUACUUCUACAGCAUCAAGAUGCAGGGCAAGGUGCCCAUGCACAAACUCUUCCUGGAGAUGCUGGAGGCCAAGAUCUGAGGGCCUGGCUCACGGACCUACGCCCGCCCUCCGCCAGCCCCAUGAACGCACCAGCGCGGAGACUGCCACAGCCGCCAGUCUCCACCCUCGGCCCUGUCACACAUCUCUGAACUGUUCUCAGAGGAGACGGUCCCCCCUCCCACCUCCCAGCUGUGUGCACAGACUCCAGGACUGGGGUCGGGUACAGGGGGGUGGGGGAUGAGAAGGGGAGGGCAGGGGCGCGGGGCUGACCUCUCACAGGCUUUUUCUGGGUACGGUUUUCUUUCUCCAUGGGCAACACUGUGGCCUGGAGCAGGGCUGCCUCCCUUGGCAGACUUCCGGAGGCAUUGCUUCAUCUCCUAACUGCCAGCCCCCAGGAGACAGUCUGAGGGUUUCCUCCCUUCCUGCACCUGGGCAGGCCCCCUGGAGACCUUGGUUUGGCAAAGGGGGGUUGCCAGGAGACAGCAUC